CCCUUUCCGUACCCGGUGCUGCCGUAGCAGCUCGGCGCGAAGGGCGGAGCGAGCGGUCCCGCCCCGGUUGCGCGGCUGCCUCCCGCCGCAGGAAGCCGCGGUGCGCGUUCGUGCGGAGCCUGCCCGGAGCCGGCGGGGCGUGGGGCGGAAGCGCCCGGCACCGCUCCCUGCCGUCCGGGUGCAGGCGACGAGGAUGAGCCAGAGAGACACCCUGGUGCAUCUCUUCGCCGGCGGAUGUGGAGGUACUGUUGGUGCAAUUCUGACAUGUCCACUGGAAGUUGUGAAAACACGAUUGCAGUCCUCUUCUGUGACUCUGUACAUCUCUGAAGUUCAUCUCAACACUGUGAAUGGUGCUAGUGUCAAUAGAGUAACUAGAGUUUCUCCAGGACCUCUCCAUUGUUUGAAGAUGAUCUUGCAAAAGGAAGGUCCUCGUUCUCUGUUUAGAGGGCUGGGUCCUAACUUGGUAGGCGUUGCUCCUUCCAGAGCGAUAUAUUUUGCUGCUUACUCAAACUGCAAGGAAAAGUUGAACAAUAUUUUCAAUCCAGAUUCUACCCAGGUACACAUGAUUUCAGCUGGUGUGGCAGGUUUCACUGCGAUCACAAUGACCAAUCCCAUUUGGCUAGUAAAGACACGAUUACAGCUUGAUGCAAGGAACCGUGGAGAAAAACGAAUGAGUGCUUUUGAAUGUGUCCGAAAAGUUUAUCGAUCAGAUGGUAUUAAAGGCUUUUACAGAGGAAUGUCGGCAUCCUAUGCAGGCAUAUCUGAGACUGUUAUUCAUUUUGUUAUUUAUGAGAGCAUUAAGAGAAAACUACUGGAACAUAAGACUGCUUCUGCCAUGGACAAUGAGGAUGAAUCAGCAAAAGAAGCUUCGGACUUUGUUGGAAUGAUGAUGGCUGCUGCCACUUCUAAAACUUGUGCAACAUCAAUAGCAUAUCCCCAUGAAGUUGUACGAACAAGGCUAAGAGAAGAGGGAACAAAAUACAGAUCUUUCUUCCAGACAUUAUCUUUGCUUGUGCGAGAAGAAGGGUAUGGAUCCCUCUACCGAGGUUUAACUACACAUCUGGUCAGACAGAUUCCAAACACAGCUAUCAUGAUGUCAACCUAUGAAGUCGUAGUCUACUUGCUGGAUGGAUAGCAGCGUGACAAGUCUUUCUAGAGGAAGGCAGAAGACUGAAAGACUGGAGUGGACUACUGAAUGCCAGAUGCGGUGGGCAGAAGGAAAGUUGUAUCAGGAACAUGCAGAUACGGACAAAAUAGAAAGUUGAUUGUAGGCAACUAUAAUUUUGCUGCCUUAUUGUAUGGUCUCUUAGCAAUGUAACAAGUAGAAGCUGCCCCUUAGGGAAUGCCUUUAUGCAUUUCUUUAUUCAAAACUACUACUUUGUUUCCAUCUGUUAAUCUAUAGACAAGGCUAUUCAGUCAUCUUCAGAGAGUUAAUGUGUGAGGGAAAGGACAUGGAACUUUUUGGGCAGCCUUAUUCCCACCUUGUAAUGAUUGCUCUCAACCACAUCCUUUUUGUUCUGUUCUACUGCACAGUAACAUAUUGGAAGAAUGAUGAGGAUAAUACUUCUAUACUUUUCCAUAUCUGAAAUUUUCAUUCAGUUGUUCUGAAUAUUCAUACAGAGACUGAGGUAGUCAGUGUGUAAAGCUUUCCAUGUUGCUACCUCAAGAAAUAGGGUAUGGCACAGGGACCCAAAAUGAAUUACUUCUUCACUACAAAUGGUGAUACUUGUGUUGCAUUUUUUCUUUUUAAAUUUGAACAGUGUUCCAGAUUGGUGAGAGAGAAUCUGAUUAUUGAACUCUUCAGGUUAUCAAUUUCUUGAUAACGGUGUAUGCAUACUUUUAGUUCUUGUGCAUCACCGUUUUUCCUCUCUGAAGUUUUCCCCCCUUUUUAAAAAAGAGAGGCCUAUGACACACCCUCCUGUAUCAUCAGUCUGUCAAGUUGCUUACACAGCCAUGGGAGAACUUGCUGAAUGCUACUUUAUAGCCUCUCCAAAGGAUGUUUACUGUUACAAGAUAUCUUUAACUAGCUCAGCUUACCAUACGUGAAGACAGGAUUAAUUCAGAGUUUCGUGCAACUGCAGAACAGGCUGUUUUUAUCCUAAAACUUCGGAUAGAGCUUGACCUAGCUUACUGGUAUCUACAGUUAAGUACAGGGAAAGAUCAUGCAUCACGAUGGUUGGAAGGACUAGAAAGCAGAAAAAGUUGGAGCUCUGAUAAGUUUCUUUAGUGCAGACAACCUCUGUACAGAAUAAUGGAGAAGUAAAUUUUUUUUUGUAAACAUUCCCCCUGAUAAUUGCUGUAUCAUUUUUUUCCAGUUUGAGCCUAUGUCAGAACAGCAGUUGACAUGUAAUCUUAUCCUCCAGUUCUGAACAUUCAAGCAUUGUGUUUUGUUGCUUUAUAAGCCAGCUGCGAAGAUGUGUUGCAUUCAGCAGCAUGGCUUUGUUAAUUCUGUCAUAACUUACAAUAUUUUCCAAAAUCAUACAAUUGUGUCAAAAACAGAAGUUUAAUCUCAUAAGAACUUGUGCAGGUUUCCAGACAAAUCAUUGAGUAUCUGUCUGUCUACAUCCAUGAUUCUAAUGAGAAAGAUGACCAUUAUAAAACUGGGGGCAAUAGCUUUCUACACAUGAAUGCUGCUGCACUGGUAUGACAGAACUGUGCUAUCGACUCUUCCAGUGUGGUACUGCAGUAUACUUAAACUCUGCAUUGUGUGCAAUGGCUUUCUUAUGAAUGACUCCUUAUGCACUUUGUGGCCUUCUGGCUUGUGACUCUUCUUUCCCACUCUGGUUAUCUGUAGUCAAACUGUGUUCAGUACAUGCAGUUUGGUUUUAAACAAAGCAUGUGGUUUGAUUUCCAUAUAACUGCAGGAUAAAGCAUUUUCUGCUAUAGACCUGUAGGAUCUCUGUUGCAGUAGUUCUGUAGGCUGUACAUAAAGGCUUGAAGCUUACGGAACAAUUGGUCUGGCUUUUUCUUGUUCACUUUAUUUUGACCCAUGUAAUGUUUUCCCCACUGUCAAAAUAUUUGAGUACUUCAAGUAAAUGUACUAAUUUCUUUUUCCUCUAAGAACCACUUAUAGUGCACACUCAGUGACCUUGCAGUGGAAUCUUGUCUGUAUUGUCAUCUUUGUCCUUGGACAAUGUUGUCUUACCUUUUAAAGGCAGAUACUGUGGUCUGUGAUGUACCCACAAAGGUGAAUUUGAUGGUUUUAAAGAACUGAGGGGAAUGCUGAAAUGUAUGUUCUAAAAUUGGCCUCUCUAGGAGAAAUCCAGAGUAUUAUUUGUGGCUCUGAGUUUCAAAGAUUUACUGUGAUACCAUUAUCCAGACAACUAAGUGCAGGACUAACUACUUACUGUAAUUUCUGAUCUAUAAAAAGUGGAUUACCCAUCAGCUAUCUUGAGUCAAUUGAGAGAGCCAAACUUAAAAUUGGCAUGACAAUUUUCAGCUUCGAUGUUUGUGAAUACAGUUAACAUUUGCAUUUGUCCAGGCUUUGUGCAGGUUACUCUCCUGUGGAUUUUACUGAAUGCAGUCUCCUUUGAUCAGAUGUACAUCUCUUCCAGCAGCUCACUGGGUACCCUGUGUACCUUCUGGGUGAGAUCAGUCCACUUGGAGUUGCUUUUAAAAUAAAAAUGCAAGCAAAGAAUGCAAAAAGGACAAUUAAAUAUGGGUGAUAACAGCUAAAAAUAGACAAUCAGCUUGUAGUUCCACCUUGUUAAAUAGGGGUUGAAGUAAUGUUUUAGCCUUCAGGGGUGAUCUUUUUAUUUUGACUUAUUUAAGGAAACAAAACUUAAACCCAGUUUCUUGGAUUUUUGUUAAAGUACCAAUACCUAUAAAGUUACCUCUGCAUAAAAUAUUUCCCAAAGAUCUUUAAAUUAUUUAUAUUGUUUGCCUGAUAUUUAAAAACAAAAAAAGUAAAGGGAAUAAGAACAUGCUACAUUAGUAAUAUCCUUAACUACAGAACUGAAAGGAGUGUGUUUAAACUUUCUUGUAACUUAAAUGGUCAUCUUAGUUUAUGUUUGAGCAUAGUGUAUUUAUAUCACCUUUUUCCCUGCCAAAGAUGCAAAGGUUUUGGAGGUCAGAAACAAGUCUCAGUAAUUCGUUUCUCUCCAUAUAUUUCCUUUGUUGUGAUAGGCCCCUAAAUAUUACUGCAAGCUACUAAUUUCGACUUGGCAACCAGUUAGUUUUGGGACACUGAGACUGCACUUUGCAGAACUUGCCAAAAGAUGGCACUGGAGCACGCGUUGAUCAGAGGGAAAAAGGGGCUUCUCUGCCAAGCUGUGUGUGACAGUGUGUGUGCUGCUUGUUGUUGGGUUUCUCCAGCAUAUUGAGGGGUGAUGUGGCAAGGGUGGCCUGAGAUUGGAAAAAUUUGACCUCAGUGAGUGCAGUCAUGUCUCACAGCCCCUCUGUUACCCCUUCUGUCCCUAUAGUGCUGUGCUAACAACUGAGCUGUGUUGCAGCGGGCUGAACCCAGCGCUUAAACUGACCAAUAGAUCUGCUAGCAUUUGUUCUUUUAAGUAGGUUUACACUAGAGUUUUAUGGAGUUUGGUUAUUUUAAGUGAAUCAUCAGCCUGUUCACUUCGAUGUUGACGUUGCACCUAUUUAGUUCCCUGUUUACAUAAUGCACUCCAUAUAUUUCUUUGUAAUUGAGAUGUUUGUUAAUGACAUUUUCUGUUAUGUUUUUGUUUCUAUGAUUACAUUUGUAACAUUCCUCAGACCUGUAGUAUUUUAAAAGAAUACUUCCAGAUCCAAAAUUUUGGAGAGCCUUUAUAUAUAUCGCUUCUUGUUUGAACUGUUCAAAUUCAGAAAAAGCUGAACGCUGAAGUGUGCCUAGGUAAAUGUGCUCCUUUUUUUUUUUUUUUUUCAGAUUUGUCUGUAAAGAUUUAUGUAAGUUUUCAGUUCUUCUAUUUAAGAAAGUCUGCCUACCCUGCAUAUGUGAACAUAACUAUGCCCUGAGAGUCAUAGCUAAACACUCACAAAGGAUAGUUUGAGAAUACUUUCAUACUCGUGAGGUUUGCUAUUAUUCUUGCAUACAUUCUUGGCUGUAAACUGUGUGCAUUUACUCUGUAUUUAUAUUGUUAACUCUUUUGUUUGGAUUGCUUUAAACUUCAAAGCAAAUUAAAAUGACGUGCUUCUAUUCAGAUGUUGCCUUCUGUGAUAAACUGUACUUUGAUGUUUCUGAUUUUUUAUUAUUGAUAUAUACCAGUGCCUGGACAAUUGUGAUUAAAACAGAGCCAUUCAUUAGGAGAUGACUGUGAAUCAUUUAUAUCAUUUGCCCUUUUAUAUUGGCUGAGAAGAAUGCAUUUGUGUUGUACUUGUAACAUUCAUCCUUUGUUAGGAGUAAUAUUUGACAUAAGUUUGUGGAGUAUGUUCUUACAGUUAAAUUCAGUUGUUUUUGUCUGUCAGCUGAGAUUCUGUAACCAGCAAUCAGAAAACUUGUGUCCAUUUAAGAUCCCAUCUAGCACACAGUACUACUGGCAGAAAUGAAGGGUGGUAUGGAAUGGAUUAUAACUGCUUUUGUAAUGAAACAUUAUUAGAUAUCAUUUCUUUCUAACAGCAGGUAUUUGAUAUGAAGUCUAUUGUUGGAAUUUCCUCGUAAAUCAUUCUGCAUAAAUAUAAGCAGGUUUUGUUUGCAGUUUAUGCUGCAUUCUGGCCUAGCCUUCCCCAGCGUGUUCUGAAACUGAAUCCUUAGCAGUCUGUGGUGCAAACUUGAUGUCACCAAUUCCAUUCUUUCAGCUGCUCACAAGUAUUUCAAAAUUCAUAUUGAAAUAGCAUGUGUAUGAUAACUUUCAUUUCUUUUUUUUCUUCAGUAGGUGUUAAUCUGAAUUGACCUACCCUAAUCUGCUUCUCAGACUUUUAGCAUCGAGGUCAUCCAAACUUAGAGGUGAUUGGUCUGCUGGAAUUUCUGCAGGCAACCCCUGUGCUUAUGCGUGGCACAUCUGAAAUGAAACCUAUCAUUGACAUAAUGGUAACUGUCUGCAUAUUGAUCUCAAGCCCUCAGAGAGGCAAAUUGGCAGGGUAGAACUCAGGUUAAUUGUGUGGGGUUUUUUUGAUGUUCAUGUUACUUUACAACCCUUUCUUCUUGAGUGGUUGUAUUAAGCUUGGUCAAAAGGCAUUUAUGUAAAGGUAUGUGAAAUCCUAAUUGAGUCAUGGCAUGGUGCUAAUGCAGAGGUGAUCAGCCAUAGACACAACCUAAAAGAGUGUGAGACUUAUUAAAGAUCUCUAACAAUUAAAGCCCAUGAAUUUGGUAAUACAAUUAAAAAUUUUAAAAAAAUGAAAAAGAUACUUCCAAAAACAAAUACUCAUCAAAUCUUCUUGGCAUAGUUACCAGCCACUGUGCUUUAGGCUGACUCAAUGUGAUUAGUUUCUGUCAAAAGCAGGAAAUGCUGGGACAGAAAUCUGGUUCUAAUGAACAAAUUGGUACAAAAAAAACAGCAGUGUAUUAAACUGGGGAAGAUAUACUUGCCUGUUUUAAAUUUAGUAUUGUAUGGGAUACUCUUAAUGCUGAUUUCACUAAUGCAAAUGUACUUGCUACUGAUAGACUUGCGUGAAGUUAACUAGCUUUUAAAGGCAGUCUCCAGGUGGUGAAUCUUAGCACUACUUCUGUGUGGAUUUCUACCUAAAGGAGCAUUUCCUACCUUAAUUGUGGUGGUUUAGAAGUUGGUAGCUUUUUCUAAUCUUGCUCCUGUGGCAGAUGAUUAGGAUGGGAUUGAGGAUGGAACUGCUGAAAUUACUGCCUCUGAAGUGCAAACAAUUCCAAGCAGUCUAUUCUGAGACUUCAGCAUCCAUCUAAAAUUCUGAAAAUAGACAUGUAAAGUGCAGGUCUGGCAGAAAAUAUUUUAAGAAAUUUGAUAAUUAGAAACUAGAUAAGGUACUACCAAUAUUAAAGAAGGAAAACAAAUGAGAAAAUUACAGGCUUAUGCAUCAGUAGCAAGCAGAGCUCCAAGUAAAUCCCUCUUCUGCAGAAUGUUAUACAUAAAGGUAAAUGUACAGUUAGCAAGAACUGAUCAUUUUGAAAUACUCUAAUGAUUGCUUGUGAUAAUGGACAUUUUAAAUGAAAAAAAAAAGUCAGAAAAUACAUUCCAUAUGGAUUUUGUGCAAGUAUGUGAUGUGGAUCUACAGAGAAAAAAAUCUGUUAUUCCAGCCUGGAUAAAAUGUUGUCUCAAGAGGAAAUUUUGUAGUGGGAACUGUUGGAUUGGUGUGAAUAGUACCAAUAGUAUUUGAUGAAGUCUCUAGAAAAUUUCUACAACAGUCAGACUUGGUAAUUUCUGUCUGUCAGUGCUUUGUACAGGAAAAAAUUGGCUGUAUUGUGAUGAUUUUUAUAUGGUCAUUUGGAAAGAACUGACAGCACAUGGUAAGUUUUGAACACAAGAGUAAAGUAGUACUUGUUGUGACAAGUAAAAUAAGGUUAAAUAAUUGUAUACAAUGCAUAUUUGAUCAAUUAUAAACUAUUAAUGAGAAUUUUUGCUAUAGGCUAAGAGUGUUACUUCUGCAGCUUGAGAAGAUAGAAGAAAAAGACUCCAGGUAUAGUCAGAUCAAUAGUGACCACUGUUACCUACCUGUGUGAAAUAAAGUUAGAGUUGUAGGAUGCUGGAGGAGCAUGAACAGCAAUUGUAUGUAUGAAUGUUGAGCUGACCAACUUGGGGUAUUUUGCACAGUACUGGUUCAUCACUGCUAUGGAAAGGAGAAAGUUAACAGAAAUGACUGGGAGAAAUGUGCAUAUCCUGUCUGAGCAUAAAGCUGUAUCAUGGCCUGAAGGAAUCUGAAAAGGGAUAUGGUGACUUUCCUGCCAGUAUUCAGUUAUAAAACCUACUGCUGCAAAAUGAAGAGCUAUUUGCUGACUGUAAUUAUAUCUGACAUAAUAAUCAAUGCAAAACAGACGUAAGCAGAGAGCCAAAAGAAAGUAGGCACUUGAUGCCUGAACAGUAUGUUGAAGGGAUGCGUGAUGUGGUUGUCUAUUGAUAGCACAAGCUGCAUUCACUAACCUAAAUGGUUGCUUCUGUAUUUAAGUGGGAGUUAGGUGCUCUGUUUAUGAUUAAGUUAGUCUGUGUUUGUGGGGUGUAUGUGGCUUCUCAGAAGGAUUUGGACAAAAGAUGAACUCUUUUUUUCCUUCUGUCCUUCCUCUUAGGAUCAAGCAAGCCCAAAAACUUUAGUUUCUAACAUUCCCUUCAUGUGUCUAUCUUCAAGCAGUUUAUCUCUUUUAGCUGAACAAUUUAUAUUUUUUUGCUGAUGUGAGUUUUUCCAUGUACUUUACCACAUGCAGCUUUUCAGCAAAUGUUUCAUUUUGUUAGUGCCUAAGAGAUGAUGUUAUUGCUUACUUGGGAAAGAGUACAUUGCUUUCUCACUGAGCAUGCAAGAAACCAAGGAAACCUGGUGUAUGUCUACUUUAGUUGAGCUAGAGUGGGACUGCUGAUGUGAACUGUUGUAUCUUUGGUACUUUGUUCCUGCUACGUUUAGUUGUAUUGAUUCCAGAUCCCUACCACAUUUCAGUGAUUUCAUACAGUAUGUUCCAAAUAUUCAGUUAAAUAUAAACCACUGAAUUAUCACUGUCUGUACUUUUCCCUUUCUCUUAAUACUGUCAACCACUAUUUUGAUAUAGUCUUAAUGUUACAGAGUACUUCCUUCUGGACUCGUUCAGCUCAGUUCAUUGCUAUUUCAUAUAGUUGCUUUCCUCUAGUUUCCAUGGGAAAGGAUUUUGUUGUAGAUCUAAGGUGAAUUAUGAUAAUAAAAGUGCUGAACCUCA